AAUUUAUCCCGAUUAAUGCUGUCGCGGGAACACCCAAAGUGGAGCCCCACGUAGCAAGAUGACCCGAAGUUGCUCGGCAGUGGGCUGCAGCACCCGAGACACCGUGCUGAGCCGGGAGCGCGGCCUCUCUUUUCACCAGAUUUUUCCCCAUCAAUUUUUUUCUGUUCUGUUUUUAUUUUCAUCUGCUCCCUCUACUGAUCACUUGUCUAAUGAGCAUGCUCACAUUACUUCCAUUUUUAAACAGGCACACAAACUCAAGAGCCUAUGUGCCGGUCUGCACUACCCUACCACUCCUUCCCUCUACAACCAGGCUCCUCAAAACCGUAGCAUACACCUAUUUCCCUAAGUCCUAAUUGGCUUUUCAACCAAUUGUAGCCAGAUACCUGUCACUACUGUUCUAAUGCACUGACAGAGGGUCACCAGUAAUCUUGCCAAAUCUAAGUGAGCACUUGACCUCUUUUUAACUUUUAAUCAUAUCAACUACUCCAUGAAACUUUCACCUCCAUUGGCUUUAUUAACACUCUGUCCCUACUUAUCUCCUGUUUUUCUAAUUUAUUUCAAUUUUUUGCUGCCCCGCUUUUCCUAUGCCUUCUUAGGUUUUAUUUAUUUUAUAUAUUGAGGACCAAAGUAAGACCUGCUUAAUUUUAAGAAAAGAAAGUGAUGUAAUUAUUAUGAUAGUCUGCUAUGAUUCUUCCAGGCUGAUUUCUUCCCCAUUCAUUCCAUUUGCCUGAUUCCCGGGAAUGAUUUUUCUAAAAGUGCAAAUUUCAUGCUAGUUCCCGGAAGGAAGGAUUUUACUCUGGGCUUUUCAGUGCCUUAAAAGACAGAGUCCAAGCUCCUCUGUGAAGCCUUUCUCCUAUACCUCUCUUCCAAACCUGAAUUACAUUCACUCUGUAUUUCUGUUAUUGUAUAUGUGUGCUGAAUGAAAUAUAUGUCCUUAUGUUUGAAUGGGAGGGAAUCAUCUUUGUCUUCCUAUAAGUAGGAAGUUGUAAGGAAGGCAGGAGAAAGGAGAGACAGGGAGAGGAGUUAGAAUACUAUGGUGUUAGUCCUAGCAACGACGUAGUACUGAUCAGAAGUAAGGGUUCAGCAAAAAGGUAACACGGGAAGAAAAGAAUUUGCCAACUUGCCGUUGCCCAAAGGCAGCCUCUUCAAAUUCUUGAUCAUGGAGCCCUCCCCAAAAGGAAAUUUGAGUACAUGCCCCUGAUAUAUGCCUGGUGAUUUAUAAAUUACAUACAUGAGGUGAUAUACUCACAUAUAUAUUAUGGAACACAAAAAUUAAAGAUGGGGCAAAAAAUUAUAAAAAUAGAUUCUAAUAUUUUCUUCAAAUCUCAGUAGAUGAGUGCAUACUCCUCUGGAGAACUCUGACCUGAAGGACGGAUCCCAAACUUACUAGAGCAUACAAGAUCUUUUAUGCUCUGGCCUCUAGCCACCCCUCCAACCCAUCUGUAACCGGUACCAGCUACCUCUGUACUCUCCUUUAACUCUCUCCAGCCUCCAAAUUAAGCUUUUUCGAUGCUUAUUUUUCGAUGCUUUAUGAACCAGUAAGAUGCAAGUCAUUAUUUUAUAUCUCUGUGUUUUUGCAUCUGCUUGGAGUGGCCACUGUCUGCAUGGCAAACUCCUAUCAACACUUCAGUUCUUGCUCCAGUAUUAUCUCUUCUGAAGCCUUCCCCAACACCCCUGGCACCUUACCAGAGUUGUGAAAGAUGUUGCAAGGACACAGGCAAGGGGCUGUGCCUGAAAAGCGUGAAUCGAAAUGACUAAAGAUUUCCAACUGAUACCAUACAGCGCUCAAAAUGGAUCAGGGCUGUUAAUCGUGUGGACCCCAGAAGCAAAAAGAUUUGGAUCCCAGGACCAGGUGCUAUACUAUGUUCCAAACAUUUUCAAGAAAGUGACUUUGAGUCAUAUGGCAUAAGAAGAAAGCUGAAAAAAGGAGCUGUGCCUUCUGUUUCUCUAUACAAGGUACUUAAAUCUAGGUGUAAACAAAAUUAAAUUCUAAAAACCUCACAUUAUAGCUAGAAUUUACAGAGAUUUAAAAAAAUCCUAAGUCUUGAAACAAAUCCAAUAAUGGAUUCUAAAUGCUUAGAAAACUCGUUUUUGGGUUUUUAAAAAAAUCUAUAUGUAAUAUUGUAAUUUUUUAAAAAAAUUAGGUAUAUAAAUACAAAUCAUAGUCAAGACACACAUAAAGAUUACUAAACUGAUCACAAGGAUCAACUAGUAGAUGCCUUAGAAUUCAGGCUUUUGUUUAAGUGUGAGACAGUUUCUAGAAUACUUAGAAAUAAUGCCUUUCUGGUGCUCCUCCCAGUAAUGUUAUUGAUCUUGACCAAAAAUGUACCUAAUUAUUAGCAUUGAUAUAGAGGGGUAUAUAUAAAGAGAGGUCUUUCCAUGAGUCAAUCACUGGCAUUGGUAUUACUGUUUCUUUUGUUUCUGUGUUCUCCUUUUACCUCUCGGCCAUCCUCUUACACAUGGCUUGUCACUGUCUGCACAGCUGGCACUCGUCAUCUACCUGUUCUAUCCUGAUGCUACCCUUCCCUCCUCUUAUCCUUUGGAGUCUCCUUUCAGUAUUGUUUUGUCUCGUUCCUCUAUUCAGAAGAAUGUAGUGGGUGUCAAAUCCAAACUCAUAAGCUCCAAGAGCUUCCUUUUAGUUGUGCAUUUCUAACUGCUCUAAAUUCUCUUUUCAAACUACUGUAUUCUUUUUUCAAAUUCUCUUUUCAUCCUACUGCAUAUGUGAUCAGUUGACUUGCUUUCAUGCUUUUGUGUAGUAUCGGUAAGCUACAGUAGUUCAGGGCUGUGUGCCAGAAGAUCUACAUAAAUUAUCUUAGUUUAGACUUAAAACAACUCUGUAUUUUUAUCCACAUUUUACAAAUAAAGAGAUGAGGGAUUGUAGAGGUUUAGUGACAGCUAAUAAAUGAGGGAUUCCAGGAUUCAAACCCAGAUCCAUCUUAAUUUCAAAGCCCGUGUUCUGUCCACUGUGCCUUCUUUUUGCACAAAUAACUUUCUUGUCCCCUCCGUUAAGUCACGUUAUUGCUCCUUUAAAAAACUACUCAAAACUCAUUUCCACGAAGCCUUCACAAAUUACCACCUUUCUGUUGUUACUUUAACCAUUUCAGACACUUUCAGCGUCACGUUAACUUUCAGCAUCAGGUUACUAUUUCUGUAUAGAUGAAAAAAACCAAAAAACCCUUUUCACAUUUUCCUAUAAAUACAUUUGAAAAAGUCAGGGACCUUUUUCUUUCAUAAUUCAACUCUCCACAGCAACCAGGUUCUUCAGGGCGUACACCUUAAAGGUAAAGCAAGACAGAAAAUCCUAAAACAGCCACUUCCUGAUAAUUCGCAAGAGGUUGCUACUGAGGACCAUAACUACAGUUUAAAGAGACCUCUGACAAUAGGUGCAGAGAGACUGGCUGAGGUGCAACAGAUGCUCCAAGUGUCCAAAAAAAGACUGGUCUCUGUAAAAAACUACAGGAUGAUCAAGAAGAGAAAGGGCUUACGGUUAAUUGAUGCACUUGUAGAAGAGAAACUACUUUCUGAAGAGACAGAGUGUCUGCUGCGAGCACAGUUUUCAGAUUUUAAAUGGGAGUUGUAUAACUGGAGAGAAACAGCUGAGUACUCCACAGAAAUGAAACAGUUCGCAUGUACCCUCUAUUUGUGCAGUAGCAAAGUCUAUGACUAUGUAAGAAAGAUUCUCAAGCUGCCUCAUUCUUCCAUCCUCAGGACAUGGUUAUCCAAAUGCAAACCCAGUCCAGGCUUCAACAGCAACAUUUUUUCUUUUCUUCAACGAAGAGUAGAGAAUGGAGACCAGCUAUAUCAAUAUUGUUCACUGAUCAUAAAAGGCAUCUCUCUCAAGCAACAACUUCAGUGGGACCCUAGUAAUCACCAUUUGCAAGGGUUUAUGGACUUUGGCCUUGGCAUACUUGAUGCCGAUGAAACGCCACUUGCCUCCGAAACUGUUUUGUUAAUGGCGGUGGGUAUUUCUGGUCACUGGAGAACGCCUCUUGGUUAUUUUUUUGUAAACAGGGCGUCUGGAUAUUUGCAAGCUCAGCUGUUGCGUCUUACCAUUGGCAAACUGAGUGACAUAGGGAUCACAGUUCUGGCCGUUACGUCUGAUGCUACGGCUCACAGUGUUCAGAUGGCAAAAGCAUUGGGGAUACAUAUCGACGGAGACAACAUGAAGUGUACAUUUCAGCAUCCUUCAUCUUCUAGUCAGCAGAUUGCCUACUUCUUUGAUUCUUGUCACUUGCUCAGAUUAGUAAGAAACGCAUUUCAGAAUUUUCAAAACAUUCAGUUCAUUAAUGGCACAGCACAUUGGCAGCACCUUGUGGAGUUAGUAGCACUAGGGGAACAGGAAUUAGCAAAUAUAGAAAGACUCCCAAGAAAACUUGCAAAUCUGAAAAACCAUGUACUGAAGAUGAACUGUGCUGCCCAAGUGUUCAGUGAGAGUGUGGCCAGGGCACUGGAGUGCUUGUUGUCGCUAGGCCUGCCUCCUUUUCAAAACUGUAUUGGUACCGUCCAUUUUUUACGGUUAAUUAACAACCUGUUUGACAUUUUUAAUAGUAGGAACUGUUAUGGAAAGGGACUUAAAGGACCUCUAUUGCCUGAAACUUACAGUAAAAUUAAUCGUGUGCUAAUUGAAGCCAAGACUAUCUUUGUGACAUUAUCUGACUCUAGCAACAAUCAAAUAAUUAAAGGUAAGCGAAAACUAGGAUUCCUGGGAUUUUUACUUAAUGCUGAGAGCUUAAAAUGGCUGUACCAGAAUUAUGUUUUCCCUAAGGUCAUGCCUUUUCCAUAUCUUCUGACUUAUAAAUUCAGUCAAGACCAUCUGGAAUUAUUUCUGAAGAUGCUUAGACGGGUAUUAGUAACCAGUUCUAACCCUACCUGUAUGGCAUUCCAGAAGGCUUACCAUAAUUUGGAGACCAGAUACAGAUUACAAGACGAAGUUUUUCUAAGUGAAAUAAGCAUCCUUGACAUUUCAAUUGCUCGAAGGACAGACUUGGCUCUUCGGACAGUUCAGCGUCAGUAUGGUGUCAGCGUUAUAAAGACUCUUUUUCACAAAGAGGAUAUUUGCCAAGACUGGUCUAAUUGUUCUCUAAGUGAGGCAUUACUUGAUCUGUCAGAUCACAGGCGAAAACUCACCUGUUGUGCCAGUUAUAUUGCAAAUAAGUUAUCCACUCUUUUAACUUGUGAGGAGUGUGUCAGUGCACUGUAUGCUUCGGAUCUCAAAGUUGCUAAAAUUGGGUCACUGUUAUGUGUUAAAAAGAAGAAUGGUUUGCAUUUCCCAUCAGAAAGCCUAUGUCAAGUCGUAAAUAUUUGUGAGCGAAUUGUAAAAACCCAUUCAGGAAUGGCAGUCUAUGAACUACUUCCUAAACAGAGAGAAUUGUAUCUCCAGCAGAAAAUAUUAUGUGAGCUUUCUGAGCAUAUUUAUCUUUUUGUAGAUUUAGAUGAGCAUCUCUUUGAUGGAGAAGUGUGUGCCAUCAAUCACUUUGUAAAGUUACUAAAGGAUAUAAUAAUCUGUUUCUUAAAGAUCAGAGCUGAAGAUGUAGCGAAGCACCCUUUAAAACACCAUUCAGAAAGACUUGAAAUGAAAACUUUGUCAAGAAAACACUGGUCAUCUUUACAGGAUUACAGAUGUUCAAGUUUUGCUAAUACCAAUAAAUUUAGGCAUUUGUUAAGUAAUGAUGGAUAUCCAUUCAAAUGAGAGACCUAAAAUAUGUCAAAGUUUUUAUGAAGAAUAAUUGGUCAACAUUUUUUAAAGUUCAACUUAACUGUAUUUUAUAAAUUGACCAUUCUGCACAGUUGACAAGUUUGUAAUUCUGACUUAUUAGAAUUUCUAAUUAUGCAUAUUAUAAAAUCUCAUACUUUGUAUCAUUUCAGUACUUGGGUCAUAGAAAGCUGUAAGUCAGUAGGAGCAGACUAGCCAAGAGAUGCUGCCUUUGAAUAUACUACUCUAAGACUGAGUAACAGGACUGGACAUACGUUUACCUUGUUCAGUCUAUUGUAAAGUGAGAGAAUAACAACAACUAAGAGUCAUUAAAACUUUGACUCUUACAAAUAGACUAACUUCGCUAAAAGCACUUUGGUUUACAGCUCUUAAGAAUGUCGACAGGAAAAAAAAAUGUAGAAGGAAUGUUGCCAGAAUACCUAUAAAACCUUGGAUAUAAUUUUUACUUACAUGUGAAAAUUAAAAUGUGAUUUGAAAAUUAAGCUUAACUUAAAAUAUCAAAUACCACAAAAUCCCUUUGCCAGGGCACCCUAAAACAGAAGUAUGGUGCAACAAAGCUGGGGAAUAUAGUCCAAGGAGUACAUAGGUGAUGUCAUUUUCACAGUCCAUUGUCCUAGGACUUUGAAAUACUACUUUUGAGUAAUAGAAUGGAUACUUAACUUGACCACCAGAAGAGCCCAGUGCCCAUCAGAGAAUGAGGAGAAGCCUUAUUUCAGCUUCUCCUUCUGAAGUUUCCUUGUGUUUGCAGGGAGGCUGAAAUAAAUGUAUUUUCAGUGUUGAGUGAAUAAUGGGAUUCACACUGUGUGAUUAAUAAAUUAGAAAAGGAUGGUCAGUUGAGACAAUGGUUAUAAAAAUAUUUGUCUUAAUUAUAUAAUGAGUUUUUUUCAGAAAUUUAGAGGAGUUUAAUCUGAAGAUGGAAACAUACUAAGAACACUUUUCUCCAUUCUCUCACACCCAGACUUGAAAAGAUGAAUAGAAAAACAUAGGUAUAUGUACUUUCACAUAUGGGGAAGUGUUUUAAAUGGGUAAAAGAAACAAGCAUAUGAUUCAUCUCUGUGUGUAAAACAUUUACUCUUCUUGUCAUUGAGUGAAUAUUCACAAAGUGCAGUUAAAAUGAAAACUUAAAAUUGCAGAUUAACGACCAAGUAAAAGUUGAGUUUUAUUAACUGAAAUUCUCCUUAAAUUGUGUAUUUUGAUGUAUUUGUUCUACCUCAAACAAAGGCUUAAGUUUUGAGAUAUAACCAGAGUUGUACUACAUUUUAUGCAAGACCUAUUGCUGAGCAGUAUAGAUAUUGUGGUUUUUGUUUGCAAUAGAAUGAGUUUAGAUGCACCAGAUAAAUCUUAUUUAAAGGAAGCCUAUUUGUAAAUCACCACCUUUUAACUUAUUGCUUAUAUAAAUCCAAGUUUUGUCCUGAACUUUACUUAAAACUAGGUGCAUAUCUGUAGGUGUCUGUUCUUUGCUGUUGCAUUUUACUACUGUACUAAUACAUACUGUAGUUUAAGAAA